AUGACAGACCUUGAAGAUUUUGAAGCUUUCUUGGAGCCAUCAUUUGACUCAUUACAAUUUGCCAAUGGCCUUCUUUUAGCUACAAAUGACGAUGAAAAAGAACUAGAUUUGCUUACACCGAUGAAGAAGUUGCAGUUCGAUAUCAACGAAUGCGAAAAGAGAAUGCAGAAGGUAUCAUCCACUCACUACCAGACGUUGGUACUGAACUUAAAGGAAGUGGAUACCACUAAAGAGGUGGUAGAGGAACAGCUAGGACCACAACUUCAAAGAUUGAAUGUAUCUUUUCAAAGAAUUCAGUCCUCAUUGAUGACCCCAUAUGAAGAUGCUUUGAAGCUCAACAAGUCGUUAAAGAAAAUACACGCAACUUUGAAAUUACUCAGAGGAGCAGGGUUUUUUAUGUUCUUGGUCCAACAAUUGGAAGAAAGAGCACCAGACCAAAAGGAAACUGACAGUCAUUCCUCCGGAAGGAAAGAUUUAGUUAGGUUAGCCAAAGUUCAUAUACAGUUGAACAAAUUGUACGAGAACAACAGCAAAUCAACUGCCAGCUAUAAAACUGUCAAUUCUUCUAACAAAGACCCAAAUUUGUUGUCAAUCAAAAUAGUGAGGGAUUAUCAAUCUAUUCAUGCGUCGAAAAGAGCAGACUUGACUAGCCAGUGUACUUCUAUAAUAACCAACGAUGUCAACCACCAUAGCACAUUCACUUACUCUAAUGCUCAGUUACAGGAUGCUCUACUUGCUUUGUACAUUUUGGAUCCUAAUGAAUGUUUCCAUACCAUAGACAGAGCAACGAUAAGCAAGCAAACUCAGGUAAUUUCUAACCAGCUCUCAAGGGCCCUUCAAUCCCCUAGAAAUUUCACAGCUGUCAUAGAAGAAGUUUUCGAAUCUUCAGAAAAAUUCUUGUAUAAUACGAAUGACAUAUUGGAAAACGCUAGAGUCUCUGAUUCGAGGACUUUAUUAAGAGAAUAUUUACUAUUCAACCAGGAAGCUGGUACAUUAUCGAACUUGUAUUGGUCAAAAUUGGGUAAUAAAUUUAAAAGAAAUGUAGCAGCUACUAUGGCUAGGGGAGGACCAAUUGCAAAGAAUUUGAAGAUAUACCAUGAAGGUAUUAAGAAGGCAAUAUUGGAAAGAUUUGGGAAUUCUGAUGGCUCUGCUGUACUUAUUGAUGCAAUUGACUUGAUUGGUGGAAUAAAUUAG